GUAAGUCACAUGACUCCCACAGUCAAGAGGCAGACAGCAGAUCACUGCAGAGAGUACAAGCUUAACAGCCACCAAAUGUUAAGACAGAGCCCUUGUCUUAUCUUUCUUCUGUUAAAUGGAUUUUCUUAUGACACGGAAUUAGAAAUACGGUGUGGUGGCAGCCCCACCCUGCUUCCUGUCCUCUCCUGGCUCCUCCCCCCCCAGUCUGACCACCUGACUUGACCAGCCCUCCUGCAUCCCACUCUGCCCACCACACCCAUAUCUAGGAAGGAGGGCUGAGAGGGGGCUGUGUACACACACACACACACACCCCGGGCCAUGAUGGCGGGGAGGGCUGGUCCCAAGCUGCAGCGGCCGUGGUCGGUGUACCGGGCCAACACCUUCGACCUCUCCUCCGAGAUGAUGGGGCUGGCACUCGCAGGGAACAGCCAGGACCCUGAUGAGCCAGUACUGGAAUUCAGUGUGUCCUGUACGGAGCUGGUGACCCCAGCGCUGGACCGUAAACCCAACAGCUUCGUGGCCGUGAGCUGCACCACCCCUCCACAGGCCUUCUGGACCAAACACGCCCAGACAGAGAUCAUAGAGGGCACCAGUAAUCCCAUCUUCCUGAGCAGCAUAGCCUUCUUCCAGGACUCCUUCAUCAACCAGCAGACUCAGGUCAAGCUGUCUGUGUACGAUGUCAAGGACCGCUCGCAGGGCACGAUGUAUCUCCUUGGUUCAGCUCUGUUUCCUGUGAAGGAGCUGCUUCAGGACAAGAACCACAGAUUAGCCCUGACACUGAGGUCAGCGGAGAGCAGCUGUGUGGGGACCAUCAGUCUGGUGGCCUGGCAGAUGGAUGAGAAGAGGGACCAGAGGAUGCCAGUGGCACGGCUACCAGACACCAUCAAUGGCAGGACGGUGCUUCCCGUGGAUGAGAGUCUGACCGAGUCCAUGGGCGUGAGGGCCAAGUAUGCGUCGCUCUGCAAGGACACCCUGCUGAGAUCAGUGUUUGGGGGCACCAUGUCCCGUAUGUACCGCUUCCCUACCACGGACGGGAACCACCUGAGGGUUCUAGAGCAGAUGGCAGAGAGCGUGCUCUCUCUCCACAUCCCCCGGCAGUACGUCAAACUGCUGCUGGAGGAGGACGCGGCCAGAGUGUGUGAGCUGGAGGAGCUGGGGGAGCUGUCUCCGUGCUGGGAGAACCUGCGACGGCAGAUCGUUACUCAGUACCAGACCACCAUCCUCAUCUACCAGGAGACCAUGACAGACCUACAGGAGUACAAGGGUCCCUGGUUCAAGGCCAGUAACCUGAAAGCAGACAGGAAGCUGGAGUUCAUGCCCACCAACCUGCACGUCCAGAGGAUGAGGGUGCAGGACGAGUCUGGCUUUGACCACACGUAUGACGUGGUGACCAUGGGAGCUCCGGCCGCUCACUGCCAGGGCUUCAAGAACAGCGGGCUGAGGAAACUGCUGCAGAAGUUUGAGGAGACCAAGAAGCACAGUGCCCUGUCCAGCUGUCAGUCCAUCGUCUAUAUCCCUCAGGACAUUGUGCGGGCCAAGGAGAUCAUCUCCCACAUCAACACUCUGAAGACGCAGGUCAGCUACUACGCUGAGCGUCUGUCCCGCGCCGCCAAGGACCGCUCCGCCAACGGCCUGGAGAGAACCCUCACCAUCCUGGCCGACAAGACUCGUCAGCUGGUGACGGUGUGUGACUGCAAGCUGCUGGCCUCGGCCAUCCAGGCCCUGAACGCCGCGCGGCCCGACUACAUCGCCUCCAAAGCGUCUCCCUCCGCCGACUCGGAACAAGUAGUUCUCCGCAACGACCAGGACACCCUGCUGGCCAAGUGGAGCGGCCGGAACAGCCGCUCCUCCCUGCACGUGGACUGGCAUGAGGAGGAGUGGGAGAAGGUAUGGGUGAACGUUGAGAAGAGUCUGGAGUGUAUAAUCCAGCGUGUGGACAAGCUCCUGCAGAAGGACAGGCUUCCCUGCGACAGCAGUGAGGACAGUACCCAGCCCGACCAACAGGGCGGCGCCUCUAAGAAAGGUAACCGGGCCUUCUGGAUCAACCCCGACUGCAUGCCGUCAUCGCCAACGUCAUCUUCGUCAUCGCCCUCCUCCUCCCCCACCGCCACCAUCCCUUCUUCAUCAUCCUCCAUGCCUGCUCUGGUCUCUGCAUGCCGCCCCAGCCCCCACAGAGAACCCUAUGGCAAUCCCAGUGGCGAGGAGGCCUUCCCAGGCGAGUGGAGCGAGGCCCUGUACCCCCUGCUGACCACGCUGACAGAGUGUGUGGCCAUGAUGGGAGACAAGGCCAAGAAGGCCAUGGUGUUCCUGCUGAUGCAGGACAGCGCUCCCACCAUCGCUCUGGACCUCACCCUGCAGUACCGCCGCGACGUGGUCUUCUGCCAGACGCUGACCGCGCUCAUCUGCGGCUUCAUCAUCAAGCUGAGGAACUGUCUCCGUGACGACGGCUUCCUCAGACAGCUGUACACCAUCGGCCUGCUGGCCCAGUUUGAGUCUCUCCUGAGCACCUACGGUGAGGAGCUGGCCAUGCUGGAGGACAUGAGCGUGGGCAUCAUGGACCUGCGGAACGUUACCUUCAAGGUCACCCAGGCAACGUCUAGCUCCGCCCCCGACAUGCUGCCCGUCAUCACGGGGAACCGGGACGGCUUCAACGUGCGCAUUCCGUUGCCGGGGACGAUGUUUGACGCGUUGCCGAGGGAGAUUCAGAACGGCAUGUUGCUGCGUGUGCAGCCAGUUCUCUUCAACGUCGGCAUUAAUGAACAGCAGACCCUGGCUGAGAAGUUUGGAGACACGUCCCUGCAGGAGGUCAUUAACCUGGAGAGCUUGGCCAGACUCAACUCCUACUACGAGCAGUUCAAAGAGGUCCUACCUGAGGACUGCCUCCCCAGGUCUCGUUCUCAGACGUGUCUCCCUGAGCUGUUGAGGUUCCUGGGGCAGAACGUCCACGCCAGGAAGAACAAGAACGUGGACAUCCUGUGGCAGGCCGCAGAGAUCUGCCGGCGUCUGAACGGCGUGCGCUUCACCAGCUGUAAGAGCGCUAAGGACCGCACGGCCAUGUCUGUGACCCUGGAGCAGUGUCUGAUCCUGCAGCACGAGCACGGCAUGGCCCCCCAGGUCUUCACCCAGGCCCUGGACUGCAUGCGCAGUGAGGGCUGCAGAAGGGAGAACACAAUGAAGAAUGUCGGAUGUCGCAAGUACGCGUUUAACUCCCUGCAGCUCAAGGCCUUCCCCAAACAUUACAGGCCUCCGGACGGGACGUUUGGGAAAGUGGACUCCUGAUGAGGAGCCGUGCGUCCUGUAGCUACCGUGCGUCCUGUAGCUACCGUGUGGCAGAUACCUGUAGAAACCCCCCCCACCAGCGCCGUACUCAGGAAGAGGCUGUCCAGAGCUGCGCAGCGUAGAGCCAGCGUGGUUCUGUCUGUCCUGAUCGCGUUGCUUCCUCUUGAAUAAGCCCCAGAUGUGUAUAUCUAGCCUGUGCAUCCGUGGAUUAGAACGGCGUAGACAUGGUAUUUGUUCAGUUGUCGGUUAAGUCUCACGUUCGGUAAUCCCGUGUUCUGAAUCUCCUUUAGCUGUCAGUUUUGAAGACCUGUAAGAUACCAUGUAGAUGAUGUUACCAUGACAUGGAAAGGUGACAUUCAACUUCUGGCCUGAAGAUGCACACAGCUCAGACCGCCGACUACUUGUAGAUAGAUCUAGACGCACUGUCCAGCGUAGACACUGCUUUUAGGUCACUUACGGUAACACUGGAUCACUGAUCUUAACGUGCACUGAGCUACUGUCUUGAGGAGGCUGUAAUGAAGCGGUUUUCAAGUAUUAUGAUUUUUUUUUUUUUAAAGCGCCAUGCAUUCAGAUGUAACGAAUCCACUCCAACCGGGACCCAGGCAGUCUCUGUUAAAGCCGUCGCAGUGGAUGUACCCGUUUUAGCCAUCGUAUCCCACCUGCACCCUGGUCAUGAUCAGCUUUGUGUCUAUAUGCAUUUUAAAUGGUUUGAUAGUUUGGGUUUUAUGUCCCGUUUAUGGGGACAAUCCUGUUUGUCUUGUGGACUGUGACCUAAGAGCUGCUGUUUGUCAAUACAUUUUUACUUUGGGCCUUUUAUUUUUGUUGUCUCUUUUUGUGCCUUCCGUCUUCAACCCAUUCCUUCACAAACUCGACGUUCUUGGAAACCGCGAAACGAAAAAUGAUCUUCCUUAUCGGGAACACGGGACUGGACGCACUUUCUGUUGCAGGUGAUUGAAAGCCAGGUAGCAGGAAUCUGUACCAUAGAUAUGACGCGAGCACAACCUGUAUUUGCAGGUCUGUCUAGGAAGCAGUUCUCAAACCCGAAAAUGUUGCUUUUUCGUUUGGGUGCCUAUUAGUAUUCUCUGCUCAUGGAAAGCAGUUGUAAGCCUCUUCCCCUCCCUGCCUUCCCUCUUUCCCAGGCACCUCAUGCAGCUUUUCAACCAUGCAUCUCACUGUCUUCUCUCAUUUAGAAAAAACAGACUGAAUUGCCAUCGGCACUGAAGAAAAACAACACAGGGAUUCAUGUGUCUCCAUCUUAACGUCAUGUGUCGCCUAUUAGUAUUUAAAAAAUGUUCUUCAAUAAAUGUAUGCAUUUGUUGCAAGGCUGUUUUUGAACUUUUUCCAGAACUGAAAUUGGUUGUGCCAUUCCAAAAGAGGAGAAAGGAAUGAGAUGAGAUUUGUAAGGAACCAUUACCCACAAUGCAAUGUAUCUUCUGACCACAAGAGAUCACUGUUGUUCAUGUUUCUGCUGCACAGUCUGGGGAUUUCAAUGCAAACAACUGUUAAAAACUUCACUUACAGAAUCCUAUUCUCUCAGAAUACUCCUUUGUGUGCAGAUAAAAGCUGCACAUAUAGAGGUACUUUUAACAGGCAACUGUGAUCCACUCUCAAGUUAUUUGCAAAGUUGGCCAACAGUGAAAUCACUGUGUUGUUCUGUACAUUGUUGUGUCUGUCUGCAUUUUACUGAACAUUAUAGAUACAACUUUAUUUUGCAUCUAUGUGCUUUCUCUACUAUAGUUGCCAUUCCAUGUUCGGAUUGGAUACAUAUUUAUUUCUAUUGUAAUGAGCGCAUUUAUUUUACCAUGCACAAAAAUAGGAUAUCUGUAGUCCUGAAUAUUGCGAUCAAUUGUGCUCUUAUCAAUAUCUGAUGCUAAUAAAAGAAAAAGA